AUGUUAGAUGGCAUCAUCCUGCUGGAUGGACAUGCCCGUUGCCAUAAAUGCAGCUUCUUGGCCACGACUCUUUCAUCUUCUCUUUCAACUCUAGCUUUGUGCCCAGCCAUAUCUUUUCUUGUUGUAUACCACAAGUCAUCCACCAUGAAGUUCCUGACUAUUGCAGCCGCUCUGUCGGUGGCCGUUUCCGAGGUCUCUGGCCACUACAUCUUCCAGCAACUGGCCAUCGGGUCGCAAAAGUUUGGUGUCUUUGAACACAUUCGCAAGAACACCAACUACAACUCGCCUGUGACAGGUGGCGCUAGCGGCGCGCAGACGACGGUGACUCAAGUCAAGCCCGGAGACUCCUUCUCCUUCACGCUAGACACGGCCGUCUACCACCAAGGCCCGAUCUCUCUCUUCCUCUCAAAGGCGCCUUCUCACGUCCAAGACUACGACGGAGCUGGAAAAUGGGCCAAGUUCAAGGACUUUGGGCCGACAUUUUCCAACAAUCAGGCCUCGUGGCCUCUCCUUCAAACCUACUCGCACAAGAUCCCAUCUUGCCUGCCUAACGGCGAGUACCUGCUGCGCAUUCAGUCCCUGGCCAUCCACAACCCGUGGCCGGCCGGUGUUCCCCAGUUCUACAUCUCGUGCGCGCAGAUCAACGUCACGGGCAGCAGUGCGUCCGCUAGCUCGUUUGCGUCGACUCUCGACAUUCCCGGAGCCUUCAAGCAGACAGACCCCGGGUAUACUGCCAACAUCUACAGCGGUUUUACUUCGUACACAGUCCCGGGGGGCAAGGAGCUCCCCAGCGGCAAGGAAGAAUUGACCGGCUAUAUCCAACAUGGUCGCAUCGCCACGUCUCGGCAAUCUAAACUCGACACCUCGCCGACUAAUCAGCCCAAGAUGAAGUCGUUCGUCCCGGUCCUCGCAGCGCUUUCGGCGUUUUGCAAUCUCACUUCUGCUCACUACCGCUUCACAAGCCUCGUCGUAGGCGGCCGCAACACGGGCGAGUACGUCAACGUCCGAAGGAACACAAACCACAACAGCCCCGUCACGGAUGUCUCGAGCAGGGACAUCGUCUGCAACGCCGGCGGCCUUUCAUCGGGCCCGGCAACGCAGAUCGCUACCGUCGCCGCGGGCUCGACGGUCGGAUUCGCCAUGGAUCAGGCCAUCUACCAUGACGGACCCGUGACGGUCUGGCUAUCGCCCGCCGGGUCCAAGAACGUGACGACGUACGACGGCAGCGGGCCGUGGGCCAAGAUCUGGGAACUGGGAGCGCAGACGGGCAACGGCCAGAUCAAGUUCCCCGCGUCCAACCAGGCGGCCUUUAACUUUCAGAUCCCCUCAUGCACGCCCCCUGGAGAAUACCUCCUCCGUAUCGAACAGAUCGGCCUGCACUCGGCCAGCUCCAAGGGCGGCGCGCAGUUCUACAUCUCGUGCGCCCAGAUCAAGGUCACCGGCUCCGGAGGCGGCCAGUUCUCGCCGACCGUCAGGUUCCCAGGCGCAUACACCGGAAACGAACCCGGCAUUCUCAUUAACAUCUACUACCCCGUGCCAACUACCUACGUCAUCCCAGGAGGACCAGUGGCCAGGUGCUGA